CGAUUCAGUUCAUCCAUCGACGACGCGACUUCUUCGAGGAAUCCCUCAUUUAGCUUUAGCCUGACCCAUAAUGCCGAAGGAGCCGUUACCAAGGUAUCUCCAUCCCGACUACAAUCCCAUGCGGGAUAAGAUGGAUCGACUUCGUGAAAUUCUUAUUCAUAACAAGGUCAAGACGCCUUCCGGGAAUGUCAGGAAACAGGAUUUUAUUGAUUUGUUUGAACAGCAUAUCAGGCCUCAGAUACCAGCACUUAGGAAGUAUUAUGAGAAUAUCAAGCCGUCGGAGAAAGGGAUCAUCAAAGUACCUGCGUCUACUACGACUCAUCUAUCAAAUGAUCGCAAGCAGGUCAAACCUGCGGUUCCGCCACAUAAAUCAGCUACUGUUACCUCUUCCUCCUCUUCCAGCUCUACAUUACAACAAGGCCAUGUAUCACAACCACUCCCGUCUUUAAGUUCGCUACCAGCUUCGACAUUAGCUUCAUCAUCAGUUCAACCAGUGCCAGAAACAGGACCUUUGAGGCAGAAUGGGCAACAGACAUCAGGAACUGAAUCAACAAGUUUCAGUAGAGGUAGUAGCGCUGAUAAGUCAGAUUUCACGAAUGUAUCAAACGAAGUAACUAAGGAGGACCAUCCGACAAAAGACGUAGAACGAGGAAGAACGCAACGAGCAUCGACAGAUAUUAAGGAUACGAAGAGCAUUGAUGAUAGCGGUCGGGUUAAGCGUCGGAGAAGAUCUUCCUCAACAAAGAAGAGAGCGCCUAGUCAAAAUUUUUCAAAGGAGAAUCCAUUUCAGAGUAGCAAGGAGUCAGAACGCAGGCGGCGGUCUAAAUCAAGGGAUGGUGUUUCUUCUACGUCGCAUCCCUCGUUAAAAUCGCGUUCAGCCUCAAAGUCACGCACAUCAAGAGCGCGUAGCAAGUCGGGUAAUGGAUUGCGAGAGACCAGGAGGGAUUCAUCAGGGAGAAUGGAGCACGACGACAUCUUUGGAGCUGCAGCUCUGCCUGCAUUUUCAAAUUAUAUUCGUAGACCCAAGUAUCCAGUUUCAACAUUUGACGAUAUCGACUCUGAUGGUCCCCCUUUCCACAAUUCGCCAUUGGUGGCUAAAAGUCGAAGGAUAUUAGAGGCUACACUUGCUAAACCCAAACCUUUAAAUUUCGGGGCGAUGCAUUAUCAUCAAGGACAGAGAGAGGUUGGCUUUAAUAGGAUUCAGAAUGAAAAACAGCAAAGUUCAUGGAUGCCAUUCCGAUUAUUGCUUUCUGUGGCAGUUCUAUUCUUUGCAUCAUGGUAUCGGCAGACACGCUUUCAAAUUGGCUUUUGCACAUCGGAUUCUUCCACUCCCAGCAGUCCUAACGAAUAUCAGAAUCAAUUCUGGGGUUGGAUGUAUCCCACAUGUAUCCCAUGCCCAACACAUGCAACGUGCUUAGAUCCCAAUGAGCCGCCUCUCUGCCCACCAGAGUAUAUUCUGAAGCCAAACCCACUCAGUUUUGAUAACUUUCUGCCGCUAACACCUGUUUGUGUCCUCAAUAAGGCGAAAGAGUAUCAGAGUCUGCAAGUAGCAGAUGUGGCUGAGCAUAUCUUGCAUCGUAAGGCUGGAAUUGAGGAAUGCAAAUUUUAUGUUCAGCCACCAAGGACACUUGAGUUCAUAGCACGCCAACGGAUAUCAAUUAGAGACUUGAAGGACGAAAUCUAUUCAAUGAAAGAUUCUAGCAUAUCCUUGGAGGAAUUCGAGCAAUAUUGGGAUCUUGCCUUGAAGGAAUUGUUCCGCAGGUCAGAUAGCCUUGUUUUUGAACAAUGGAUCGAUGAAGAGUAUCUUCGUUCACUCAAGCCUAGUAAAUCUCUUGUGUGCGCGAUGCGGCAGGGAUUUCUUGGCUGGUGUCUUGAGUACCAACUGUAUAUCUUGACUAUUAUCAUUGCCUCAUUAUCUGGAUUUUUUUUCCGGCGCCAUCUCCAUAACAAACGCGAAGAGUCCAAAAUAGUUCAAUCCCUUGUUGAGACUGUUCUUAGCAAACUAACAGAUCAGUCACAUUACUACUAUAUCGAUCCCUUCAGCUACCCUGAGCCAUAUCUAUCUCAGAUUCAUCUUCGGGACGCUCUUUUGAUUGAUGUGGCUCAGCCUGCGCGGCGUAACGAACUAUGGGAGAAAGUUUCUACUAUUGUUGACAAGGAUGCGAAUGUGCGGGUGAGUUUGCAAGAAGUGAGAGGUGAGAUCCAUCGAGUUUGGGAAUGGAUUGGUGCAUCGGGUAUAUUGAGCAACAAGCCUAGGAGCACCGCAACCAGUAGUAGCCCAAGUAAUAGCUUCAGGCCUUCUAAUAGCAUCAGUAGCUUGCAUGUUACAGCAGCAAUUGAAAGUAGCCCAAUUGAUGAGCUCGUCUCAUAUCCGAUCAUUUCCUAGGAGCUAUCCUGCAAUAAAAAAAAAAGUUUCAAG